UCCUCCGUACACUCUGUCCUCGCCGGCCCAACGUGCCCCGGUCCAUCUGCAUUGUGCGCCCCGGCCCGUGAGGGGCGUCCACGUCACACACCCCGUCGCGGGCAGCUCGAGCUCGAGCUACGUCGGCGGGCUUCCCCACACGCGACCUGCGCUCCGCAUUGAAGUCCAGACAUCACAUUUUCCUCAUCUGGCACAAUGAUAGGCGCGACGCGCCGCUGGUUCCGCCGGAAUCGCACAAACUUCGCCGUGGGUGCGGGCGUGCUGGGCGCCGGCUAUCUCGCGGGGCAGUACGUGCUGGGGAAGCUGUCCGAGGCGAGACAGCGCAUGAGCGAUGAGCGCAUAGCAAAGGAGAAUCUCCGCCGCCGCUUCGAGCAGAACCAGGAGGACUGCACCUUCACCGUCCUCGCCAUCCUGCCCACCGCCACCGAGAACGUCCUCGACGCCCUCCCCGUCGAGCAGGUGCUGGAAGAGCUGCAGAAGCAGAAGGCGGAGCGGCUGGCUAGAAGCGUCGGCCCGAGCGAGAUUGCGAGCUCCGCGCCGCCGAGCGUGGCAGACACGGCCGAGGACGACGCAAAGAGCUCCAGCUUCCAGAGCGAGAGCUACGUUCACGCGAGCCAGAUCGCCGCCGGUGAGGGCGCGAGCUCGACGGACAGCACCAAUGGAGGUACCGAGACGAGCCGGGAGCGUGAGCGCAAGAGCAAGAAGAGCAAGGCGCAGCUCUGGAACGAGAUGAAGAUAAGCUCGAUAACACGAGCCUUCACGCUGCUGUACACCCUCUCCCUCCUCACACUCUUAACGCGCAUCCAGCUCAACCUGCUCGGCCGCCGCAACUACCUCGCAUCCGUCGUGUCCUUGGCCUCGCCGCCGCCAGCGAACCAGGAAUCGCACAUCAGCCUCGAGAACCACGAUGACGACAACUUCGAGCAGGCGUACGGCAAUGACUUCGAGACGAACCGGAGAUACCUGAGUCUGAGCUGGUGGCUGCUGCACAAGGGCUGCUUGAACUUGAUGGAGAGGGUGAGGGCUGCCGUUAAGGACGUCUUUGGUUCCCUGAACCCGCGAGAAGAGAUCACACUGGAGAGGUUAUCCGAGCUCACGCUUGAGGUGCGGAAGAAGGUCGAGGGCGUGACCGAGCAGGAGAGGAGAACAUGCAAGUGGCUGACCUACCUCCUCCCCGCGCAAGACCAGGAAGAGUACGUCCUCCAGGAAAGCGGCAUGACCUCCUCGUCGGACUCGUCCUCGCCCACGACCACCGCCUCCCUCCGCCGCCUCAUAGACGAGACCUCCGACCUCAUCGACUCGCCCGCAUUCACGCACGUCCUCACGCGCCUCCUUGAUGCCGCCUUCUCGCACCUCAUUGACGUCAAGAUUUCCCAGCUCUCCUACAAGAUCCCACCCAUAUCCGAAAGCACCGCGCGAGUACAGGAAAUUGUCGGCACUGACGUGAAAGCGAAGGUCGCAAACUCGCUCGCCGUCUUCUGCCGACAAGCGCACAGCAUCGGCAGCAGCGCCAACAAUGAGUACCUGGUGGCUAUAGAGCAGGUGCGGGAGCUCGAGGCCUUCGCUGCCGUGGUAUACUCGAGUAAUUUUGAAUUUGAGUCCCCGGGUCCGGGAACGCUCAGUCGCCCAACGACCGCUGCCGGAGAGAGCAACCGAACGAGCCUAGCCGUCAGUGGAGAUAUGCUGGGUGUCGGGCUGAGUCAGCCAGGGAGCGUGAGACAGAGCUGGGCGGGUGCAGACGCGGGGUUUGAGAGCGCCUGGGGGAAGGCGCUAGCGAAUGAAGAUGGGAAGAGGGGGUGAGCAUGUCCUGCGAGUAUAGUUCGCUCUGAGGUUUAAGACUGCUGUAUGAUAUUGUCAGAAGCUUGGAUUGACACUAGACAGGGAUGGAGAUACCCCUACGUAGCUACGUCUAAUGGCAGCAUGACGGCCGACGCUUCCAAGCCCACUCUUCUUUUGUUCGAGCUGUUGGGUCCAUGGCUCCAAGGACUUCAACAUUCUGACCUCGGAAAAUGAACAUGUGAC